AAAUCACUCAAAAUGUUCCAAACACAGAGAUAAUCUGUGUCAUUUACAUGAAACGCGUUGUUAAGAAAUACCGCGUUUUGGCUAUGACGUGAUGAUGCCGUUUUAGGAUAUCCCGUGAACAACCUUGCAACGAUAGAGCCAAGCUAAACAAAUUGGUUUUGCAAUACGCAUAAAAACCUAGUAAUGAAGAAUGCAUAGAGAGUUGACCUUGAAUUUUAGGUGACCUUAGUUGGCAUGGAAGGGAUGGUUGAAGAGAACGGCACCACAGGCGGUGCUGGCACGACGGAUCCACUGGCCAGCGCGAGCUCUUCGACACCGGGUUCCACUCCUCAUGUUGUCACCAGUAUAGUACAACUUACUCUACCCAGUCAGGCUCCCUCUGCACAGGUGCAGUCUGUUAUUCAACCUAAUCAACAAUCAGUGAUACAAACAGCAUCCAAUAUCCAAUCUGUACAGAUACCAAAGGGAAAUGUUAUACUUGUUAGUAAACCCAGUUCUGUAAUACACACUACGCAAGGGACAUUACAAACGUUACAGAUAAAACCAGAACCUAAUACACUUGUGAAUACACAAGGUCAGUCAUGUAGUGAUGAAAGCUGUGGCAGUGGUGAUGAAAGUCCCAAACGUAAAUAUAGAGAAAUGUUGACUAGACGUCCGUCUUAUCGAAAAAUUUUAAAUGACCUUGGAGGAGCAGAAAUUGCAGACAAUCGCAUGGGAUCUAGACCAGGAUGUGAGACUGAAGUGUCGCUGUCACCUUCUUUAUCUUUUGCACCAGUCAUUCCAGCUGGAACUAUACAAACUGACAGCGGAUUGCACACGUUGGCCGUGUCCGGAGCGGCGGGGGGCGGAGCCAUAGUGCAGUAUGCAGCGAAUCAAGAUGGACAAUUCUAUGUACCGGGUCCCAUACUAGAAGACCAAACGCGCAAACGAGAACUACGACUAAUGAAAAACCGAGAAGCCGCGCGGGAAUGCCGCAGAAAGAAAAAGGAGUACAUCAAGUGCCUUGAAAACCGAGUUGCAGUCCUUGAAAACCAAAAUAAAGCGCUAAUAGAAGAGUUGAAAACAUUAAAGGAAUUAUAUUGCCAACAGAAAACGGAAUGAGGUCAAGCUGGCUAACUGGGUGUGCCGUUACCCGGCCGAUAAGAGCCAGCGGCACAUUUUGAGUCUUGUAUUAAAAUUCACAAUUAAUUAUCGAUUCGUUCGAAUCCCGAACACGAAUUACGAAGCUGUUCGUUAUUAACUGUAUUGUAAAUAAAAUCACUUAAAAACUAAGCAUGGACGGUCCAGAAAAUAUUUUUCUUAAAGUAUUGUUAGAUUUGAUAAUGUUUUUUUUUUUGUUAGUUUAUUAUUUUCUGUUGUUAUUUUAUCAGUUUAGUCGAUUUUGAUACUAUUGGCAAAUCAACCAGUAUGUCUUGGUGUUUUAAAAAAAAAAGAAACUUGUUUCUGAUGAGAUCAUAAAUAUGAAAUAUAGUCAAAACAGCUUUAUUUACCAUUCCAGAUGUAUAAUAAUAAACAUGUAUUUAUUAUUUCGGUGCCAUUUCCAAAACAAUCUCUAAUGAAACUUCAAUAUUGAUUGAAACCGACUUUGCUGGUGUGCUUGCAUGGUUAUUUUAUUGAUUUGUUGCUUUUGUUCUUGUCGGGAUGUUUAGUUGGUGUAUGUCACACGUUGACUGUGAUUAUGAUGCUGAAGUGAUAGAUGUUACACUAUGUAAGUCUAGUGUUUCACCACCACUCAGGGUGUUGGUAAUGGAUAAGCCAAAGUUAAUAUUUUAGUUAUUUUUGUGCAAUACCAACAUUGUAAUGUACAGUUAUUUUCUGCUGUGCGUCUCGCUUAUGAUUUUCAGAGACAUUGGUAUUUUUUGUACAUGUUGUAGAAAUAAAGAGAAUUUUAGAUUGUAUAAAAGAGAAAUUGUACAUAAAUAUAUUUUUACUGAAGAAAGUGGACAGCGCGUAAUAGUGAUAUUACGAAAUUUGUAUUUUUAAUGUAUAAAAUUUUAAUCAUUUAAAAAAAUAGCUGUUUUAGAACUUGUUGUAUUUCACGAGACGAUUUCAAAAUUUAAUUUUAUCGUGUCUGUGAAUGACUAGCAUUUUUGCUCAUUGUUCUUUAAUUCAAUGAGCGUUCAAGUAUUAAGUGAGCAGACUCUUCAUCAACUCUGUUCCUCUCCUGUAUCAGCAAAAUAACAAAAACGUAAAACUGAUUUUCAAAAGGUUUCUCGACUUUUGAGUUAAACAGAUACCAUUGUGUAUAUAGAAUGAAUAUAUUUGAUUGUCUAUGUCUGCUGCCCUAUGUAAUACUUGAACGACCUCUCGUUAUAAAUCAUCAAAUGUCUACGUAAAAGAAUGUGGAACCACUACAUGUUUUGUUAAGUUUAUAGAAAAUGAGAAAGGGUAAUUUUUAUUUUAACAAUCGAGAGUUAUAUAAGAUUUUAUCCUUAUCAUGGUUGAUGUAUUUUGCGGUAGGAGCCAUACAGAUUAUGAUUUACGUUUUGUAUUACAUUAAAUAAUCUAUUUCGUUUACAUGAUUUUUUUUUUUGUUAACGGUAAUUAUAUAAUUAUAAACCGCAUACACAUCAUCCAUGAUAGGACGUGUAGAUUAAAUAAUUUAUAGAAAUUGUGGAAAGUGCCUUUGAAUUAGAAAGAAUAAAGUUUAUACCAACAUAGCUGUAUGUUAACUUAAUGCUAUUUAUAAAUAAUAAUAUUAACUGUUUGACGUAAAUA